GUCGGCCGGACGAGCUCAAGCCAAGUUUGCUUUCGGUUGCACUUUGCCAAGCCGGUUCGAGCCACCUUUCCGGGAACAAGUGACAGGUCCCUGCAGCUCAGUCUCCGACCUCUCCGGGCCCCGCCCGGCUCUGCCCCUCUAGGGUUCCAGAAGGGGGAAGUUGGACCAGGACUGUACUCUGAGAAGCUGUUCCAGAGAACACCACUCUGCGCCAAGUGUAACAGUGGACAGGGAGCUCCAGGACCAGCAGCAUGGGGGCAGCCUGCAUCAAAGUCACCAAGUACUUCCUCUUCCUCUUCAACCUGCUCUUCUUUAUCCUGGGUGCCGUGAUCCUGGGUUUCGGGGUGUGGAUCCUCGCCGACAGGAGCAGCUUCAUCUCUGUCCUGCAGACGUCCUCCAGCUCCCUCAAGAUGGGCGCCUACAUCUUCAUCGGUGUGGGGGCGGUCACCAUGCUCAUGGGCUUCCUGGGCUGCCUGGGCGCCAUCAAUGAAGUCCGCUGCCUGCUCGGGCUGUACUUCGCCUUCCUCCUCCUGAUCCUCAUUGCCCAGGUGACCGCGGGCGUCCUGUUCUACUUCAACGUGGGCAAGCUGAAACAAGACAUGGGUAACAUUGUGACCAAGAUCAUCCAGAACUACAACGCCAGCAGUGAGGACAGCCUGCAGGAGGCCUGGGACUACGUGCAGGCUCAGGUGAAGUGCUGUGGCUGGGUCAGCUUCUACAAUUGGACUGAGAACGCCGAGCUCAUGAAUCGCACCGAGGUCACCUACCCCUGUUCCUGCGAGGACAAGGGCGACGAGGACGACGGGUUGGCCGUGGCGCAAGGCUUCUGCGAGGGUGUCAACGCGACCCAGAGCGGCAACAACCUGGAGCACUGGCCUGUGUACAAGGAGGGCUGCAUGGAGAAGGUGCAGGCGUGGCUGCAGGAGAAUUUAGGCAUCAUUUUGGGCGUGUGCGUGGGCGUCGCUGUCAUUGAGCUACUGGGGAUGCUACUGUCCGUGUGUUUGUGCCGGCACAUCCAUUCAGAGGACUACAGCAAGGUCCCCAAAUACUGAGACUGCUGUGUCCCCACCUCCCUGCUUGGCCCCCAACUUCAAGACUCCUGAGGAGGGGGUUCUCCCUGGCCCCCUUCUUCCUCCAAGCCCACCUUCCACUUCACCACUAAGGCCUUCUCCUGUCCUGGCUGGAAGCUGGGGGCUUCCCAGGACCUGGCCCCUCCUCUCCUUGCCUCUCUGGCUCUGGUUCCCUCUUCUCACUGCCCGCCAGGGUGCUUCUAAUGGCUCCGAGGAAAGGCCCCCUGCAGCGUCCUGUGCAGGUGUGCUGGCUGGCUGUGCCCAGGCGGCGGGUGGCUGUCUGCUGGGAAGGGGGCAGGGGGAGGGGAAGGAGCCCUCCAGGGCUGUCAGGGGACCGGCUACUGGCUGGCCCAACUUUGGUCCCACUGUGACACUCAUGUCUUUGGUUUUUCAAAUUGUGAUUCCAGGGUGGGGGUGGGAAGAGGGGAGCAGGUUUAGUCUGAGAUUUAGGGGCAAUUUCUGUUGCCCAGGCCUCAUGCAGGGGGCAACGUGGUCCAGCCCAGCCCAGGCCCGCACUGUGGGGGCAGGACCUCAAGGGAGUGGGGCUUGGGACCUGGCCUCCCCUGGGUGUGUUCUUGGGAUAAGGACCCCACACUCUCCUCAGCUACCCGGGGCAGGAGGGAGGAAUCUGCCCCCUCCCUGCCCCCGUCACCCACCGGGAGUGGGGGUGGUGUGGAAAGAACCCCUACCUUGUAAGAGCAGUGGGGAGGGGGCAGUGUGUACCCAGUUCUGUAAGAUACACUCAAGAUAUGCAGAUUGACUAUUAAAACGGAUUUGUAACAA